AUGAGCUUCGACCUAACUCCCUGCAUCAGCGAUGCUUUCGAUCAACAGGAUGACUUCUACUCAUGCCCAGAACCACCGCCUCCUACCUCUAUCAUAGAGAAAUCGUCAUUUGCUUGCAGUUUCCAAAUCCCAUCGCCUAUAUCACAACAACAAAUACUCCAGUCCUUUCCGUCUCUCCCCUGCCUGACGCCCAUCUCCGAGACAAAAACGACCUGCGUCCCCCCACCGCUGCGACCCUCAACUGCACCGCCCGAUUCCUACCCAGAAAUCCCCAUCGAGUACCUUCCCCACCUGUUCCUCAUCGGCGCCGGCCAGUCCGGCAAGAUCCACCUCCUCACCUCCACCGCCGUCCUGAAGCUGCCUAUUGAAGGACACCGGGUAGACCUCAAGAACGAGAGAGAAAUCUACAGCCGCCUCGCCGUCUCUCAACACCCCUCCAUCCUCACCUACCUCGGCCAGCUGUACAGCGGCAUCGUGCUGGCCUACCACCCCCUAGGCAACCUCCGCAUCUUCAUCCACGGCGUAGCUGACUCUGGUCUCGGCGUUGCCGAGGAACACCUCCAGCUCCUCGAGCGGAACCGCACACUGUGGGCCAGGCAGGUGGCCGAAGGCGUGCAGUUCCUCCAUCAGAACGGCAUCGUGCAUUGCAACACCUCGUCCGAAAACACGCUCAUCACGUGCAAGCAAGACGUCGUGCUCUGUGGUUUCAGCUCCUCGAUCAUGGACGGCGUCGCCAGAGUCGGGGAGACACGCUGGUCCCGCUGGUACAAGUUUGUGGGCGAUGAGGAUGGGGAUGGUUCUGGAGAGGGGAGGCAAUAUAGCGUCCAGGAUGAUCUGUGGGCGGUGGGCACGGUGUGUUAUGAGAUGUGGACGCGACGAAGGAUGUGGGGGGACUUUGAGGAGAAGGAGAGAGUUGAGUUGUACCAGGCUGGGGAGUGGCCUUGUCUGGACAGUGCGGGACAUAUGGGAAAUGUCAUUGCGAAGUGUUGGUUGGAUGGGUACGGGUGCGCGGGCGAUCUGUUGAGUGAUCUUGGGGAGGUUUUUGAGAGCGAAGAGAGUAAGGCGGUAGCGAGCUGUAUUGCGGAGGAGGCGUCCGCUUGGCAGGCCGUUGAUUGA